AUGGCCAUCGACCAGUCGAGCAAGUCGAUUGAAGCCAACGCCGACAGAAACUCUCUGUCUUCGGUUAGCACAACAAUCAAGGAUGCAAAGAAGAACAACGAUUCGGAGGCAGCGCAUGAGAAUGGAGCAUGCGAGCCAGAAUCCGAGAAGCCGCAACAAUCCGGUCCUGCCUUUCAAGAUGAGGCCGAAAAGAAUUACAAGCCUAAGACGGCCCAGUUCUGGCUCGUCAUGCUCUCCGCCUUUGUCGCCAUGUUCCUCGUCGCCUUAGACCGGACCAUCUUGUCGACAGCCAUCCCUCGCAUCACCGACGACUUUGGCAGCCUGGGUGACAUUGGCUGGUACGGCGCGGCUUACAUGCUCACGACGGCAGCCUUUCAGCUCGUGUUUGGGCGGAUAUACCGCUUCUACAACCUGCGCUGGACAUUUUUGACGUGCAUCAUAAUUUUCGAGGUGGGCUCGGCACUCUGUGGCGCCGCACCGAACUCGCCCGUCUUCAUUGUCGGCCGCUCCAUCGCUGGUCUGGGCUCUGCUGGCAUCAUGACAGGCUCCAUGUUGAUUGUCAUUCCCAUGGUGCCGCUUCACAAGCGACCAAUGUUUCAAUCCAUGUUCGGAAUGGUAUUUGGUAUAUCCUCUGUCGCCGGGCCCUUGAUCGGCGGAGCCUUUACUGAGCGAGCAACCUGGAGGUGGUGCUUCUACAUGAACCUUCCCAUCGGCGCCGUGGCUUUCGUCUUUCUCUUCUUCUUCCUGAGCACGGCCAGCAAGCCACAGCAACCUGCAACGACCAAAGAGAAGAUUAUGCGACUAGAUCCGCUGGGCACUUUCUUCUUCGUCCCAUCCACUGUCUCGCUUAUCCUGGCGCUGCAGUGGGGAGGGUCUACGUACCCGUGGAGUAACUGGCGCAUCAUCCUGCUGUUCAUCAUGUUCGGGCUGUUGGGUCUCGCAUUUGCCGCCGUGCAAAUUAAGAUGCCCGAAAGCGCAACCCUACCAGUGCGCAUCAUUACGCAGCGAUCCAUCCUCGCUGGUACGUUCUUCAUGCUGUUCCUCGCCGGGGGCAUGAUUGUGAGCGUCUACUAUAUUCCACUCUGGUUUCAAACAACACACGGGAUCGACCCGGUCAAGUCAGGCAUUUACACGAUCCCCCUUGUGCUCAGUCUGGUCAUCGCUGGUAUCUUGUCGGCGGCUUUCACGCAGAAAAUCGGAUACUAUGUCCCGUCCAUGAUUCUCUGCGCUUGCAUUACGGCUAUCGGACAGGGCUUGAUGACCACAUUCACGCCGUCCACUGGGUCGUCGCACUGGAUCGCCUACCAGUUUCUGACCGGUUUCGGUGUCGGUCUUGGCAUGCAAACCGUUGGCCUGGCUGUACAGGCAACUCUCGCCAAGGAUGAUAUCCCGAGCGGUUUGGCUGUGACUUUCUUCGCCCAGCAACUGGGUGGCGCCAUCUUUGUCUCUGUCGGCCAGACAAUUCUCAGUGGUUUGUUGGUGUCCCAACUGUCCCACCUGCCCGGGCUGGACCCCGAAAUGAUUGUCAAGACCGGCGCGACUGAGCUUCGGCACGUGGUCCCACCGCAGUAUUUUGACACUGUCGUUGACGCGUACAAUUACGCCUGUACGAGGAUUUUCUUCUCGGGCGUUGCGCUGGCGGGUGCCCAGCUCCUCUGUGCCUCGUGCAUGGAAUGGCGGAGUAUCAAGAAGGGCAAGCAGACGCCGCCUCUGCAGGAUCCAAGCGAAGAGUAG